AUGCCCUCUACGUACGCGAUCACAGGCUCCAAUGGCUUCAUCGCCGCCCACCUGAUCCAGGACCUCUGUGCCCAGGGCCACACCGUGCUCGGCAUUGUGCGCGACGCCAAGGCCUACAGCGAGCAGGUGGGAGCGCUCGGCGCCAAGGUGGUCGAGGUUUCCUCGCUCGACGACUCUGCGGCGCUCGUCAAGGCCCUCGCUGGCGUCGACGGCCUCUUCCACAUGGCGGCGGUCCAUCCGAAGUACGGCUUCGAGGCAGGCAACCGCGAGGCCAUCCUCAAGACGGCGGUGUCGGGAACGCUCACGGUCCUCGAGGCGGCCAAGGCGGCGGGAGUGCGCCGGGUCGUCCUCACCUCUUCGCUCGCGGCCGUCGAGUGCGGCAACGACUCGGGCACGCUCACCGAGACGAUGUGGUCCAAGCCGGAGGUGUACGACUCAAAGGAGAACCUCGAGACGCAGUGGGCGACGCACUACACAUACGUCAAGAGCAAGGUGGAGCAGGAGAAGGCCGCGGUGGACUUUGCCCAGCAGAACGGCCUCGACCUGCGUGUCGUCGUGCCGGGCAACCUGUGCAUCGGCCCGAUCGCCUCGGCCAACAUCAACGGCGCGCAGGCCCGCCUCAGCGGCGCUACACACGCCAACUUCUCACCUCUUGACGUCGCCGCCGCUCACGCCAAGUGCAUGCUCGACGACUCAGCCCACGGCCGCUACUUGAUCGCCACCGAUAUGGUGACGAUCGAGGAUGUGUUCGCGACGCUCUCCGAGCUGUACCCGGACCACCCGGUGGCCGCGCUCAAAGGGCAGAACAUCGCGUCCGGGGUGAAGGGCGCCGCGCGAAAGGUGGACUCGGCGCGCACGCUCGCCGAGCUGGGGGAGCUGAAGGGGUACAAGGUUGCGCUGAAGGACGCUGUCGACUCGUUGAUCGAGAAGGGCCUCGUGCAAGCAGCCGCGUGA